CACAGUUCUUCUUUCACAGUCAUCAUUACCAUUGCCAAGAGAAGGAGCACUUUGGCCCUGCUUUUUCGAAAAACACUACUAGUAGUACUGGUAUUUCUCUGUACGACCAAUCGGCAUUUCGCAACAGGAGGGCUGUCGAGAGAGGGAACCCAAAUUCCUAUGUGGCAUAAUAUCCUUGGAUCUCACAGGCUGUUUGCAACGAAGACAUCAUGAACGCUUCAAACUUGUGUCUCUUAUCGGUGGCCGUGAUUUAUAUGGUGCUAGCUUGGAGUGAACCUUCCAGUGCCUGUUAUCCGUGUUCAUGUAGCAACGGAGUUGUCAUGUCGUGCCCAAACAAUGACAGGAUAGUUUUGGGUGAUAAUCAACUUGUUAACCUAUCUGCCGGGCUGUUCGACACUGCAACCCGAUUAAAAUACCUACAGCUGUAUGACAAUCAACUUGUUGGACUACCUGCCGGGCUGUUUGACGCCACAACCAACUUACAAGAACUGGAUUUGUCCAAUAAUCGAAUUGAUCACCUACCUGCCGGGCUGUUCAAGGCGACAACCAAAUUAGAAGAGCUGGUUUUGUCCAAUAAUCGAAUUGUUCACCUACCUGACGGGCUGUUCAAAGCCACAACCGAAUUAGUAUCCCUGGAUUUGACAGGUAAUCAACUUGUUCGCCUACCUGCCGGGCUGUUCAAAGCCACAACCAAAUUUGAAUCACUGGAUUUGAGCAAUAAUAAUCUCCGCUAUCUUCCCAGUGGAGUGCCUCAUGACACACCUCAAUUAAAUAUACUAUAUCUUGACAACGCAGUUUCACUCAACCUUCGCUUGUGUGCUCUCAAGUUCCCUAAUGACUUUUCACAAGGCAACAUCUUAAGUGGAGCUGAUGUAAAGAAUUAUAUUGCUUCCAAUUUGACUGAGGCCAUUUGCCGGCAAAACUGUAGCAUCAUUUCCUCCAUGGACAAUUGCUCUUCGUGUACCGGUUAUCUGUUCAACUACACUUGCCUAGAGCGAGAUGAAUGUCUAUAUCAGAUUCAUAAUUGCGACUCCAAUGCUGUGUGUACCAACACGGUUGGGUCCUACAACUGCACAUGUAACUCUGGGUUUUGAGGUGACGGCACAUCCU